AUGCCAAAACUAAUAUUAGUUAAUUCAGACAUUAGUCAACAAUACCGUUGGCCAUCCAUCAUCAGCUCUCCUAUGAAUCAACUUUUAGGUGAAGCUUGUUACAUUAGUUUAUUUGAAGAAUUUCACUUCUUUUCCGACAUACAAUGUAUCAAACUUGCCAUUUCAAAGGCUCUAGGAUUAGGGAUCGUUAUAGGUGGCGCUAUUGUUAAAAUACCUCAGAUUAUUACCAUUUUGCGUCACAAAUCAGCACAAGGUCUUUCCUUAGCUUCCUUUUUACUAGAGACGUGUGCCUAUCUUAUCGUCCUUAUGUAUAAUACACGUCUAUAUCAUCCUUUUAGUACUUAUGGGGAAGUCUUAUUCAUGACGCUUCAAAAUAUAGUAAUAACUAUGUUGAUCGUUUAUUAUAAUAAUAAGCAAGCCAGGACGAUGAUGAAGAUGACCAUCUUGCUUCUUCUGUCAACUCUUGUAGUGACCGUGCUAAUGCUCUUAACUGUCCCUAGUUGGUUUAUGGCUUUACUUUAUGCUGCACAAAUACCAAUAGGACUCGCUAGUAAAAUACCUCAAAUACGAGCUAAUUAUAUAAAUCAAUCUACAGGCCAACUUUCUGUCUUUGCCGUCCUCAAUUAUUUCUUGGGUACAACAGCACGUACUUUUACAACUUGGACAGAAUUAGAUGAUCCCAUCAUGUUGGGUGGUAAUUUGAUUGCUAGUUUUCUAAAUGGUAUUCUUGUUUUGCAACUUUUUAUAUAUUGGAAAAAAAGAAAAUUACCAUCAUCAUCAUCAUCAUUACCUAAAGUAGAAUGA